AUUUGGGAAUAAAUUGGGGAAAAAUUGGGAAAUAUUUGGAAAUAAAUUCGGGAUAAUUUUCGGAUAAUUCUGGGAAUAAAUUGGGGUAAUUUGGGGAUAUUUAGGGAAUAAUUUGGGAUAAAUUUGGAAUAAUUUAUUAAUAAUUUGGGAUAAUUUUGGAAAAAAAUUAGGGAUAAUUUGGGAAAAAAUUAUGAUAAUUUUGGGAUAAAUUUGAAAAAAAUUGGGGGUAAUUUGGGAAAAAUUUGGGAAAGAAUUGGAAAUUAUUUGGGAUAAUCUGGGGUAAUUAGGAAAUUCGGGAAUAAUUUGUGAUAAUUUGGGGAUAAAUUGGGAUAAUUUGGGGAAAAUUUGGGAUUUUGGGGAACAAAUUCCCAACCCGGGGUCCCCAAAUGGGGAGAGGGGACCCCAAAACCGUCCCGGAGGUGACGUAACGCCAAAACAAAGCCACGCCCACGCCUUGAAGCGCUGACCAAUGAGGAGCGGCGGCCACGCCCACGAGGGGCGGGGCUAAGGAGAAGAUGGCGGCGCCCGUGAAGGACCGGGAGGCGCUGCAGAGGCUGAACUUCCUGUUCCAGGCCGCUCAUUGGUCCCUCCCGGUGGCCCCGGGCCUGUCCCGGUUCCUGCUCCGCACCCAGCGGGCGGCGGGGCGGCGCCUCGUGCUGCGCAUGUCCCCCUCUGUCAAGCGCCGCCUGUGCCGCCGCUGCUGCUCCCUGCAGGCGCCCGGGGACGGGAGCGGGAUCCGGAUCCGAGGGCGUGGCCAGCCCCGCCUCAUCCAGCGCUGCCUCAGCUGCGGCCUCAGCAGGCGCUUCCUGUGCCCGCCCCGGCCACGCCCACCCCGACCGGACACGCCCACAGGUCAGCGGGGGCGGGGCUUGUUUGGGAAAAGGGGCGGGGUUAAAUCAAAAUAGGGAAUUUGGGGUGUG